AUGAUACGUCAUUCAUUCGAGGGAUAUGCCUGCCAAAGGAAAAAGAAGAAGAAUAAGAACAGCAGCAAUAACAACCACCGGUUCCCCCUCAGCGCUGUACCAACCCAGACCACCAACCCUGCUGCCGACGACUUCGCCUUCAACCCGACGGGAGUAACAUUCGAGCGUCAAUACCAGAAGUUUGAUCGAGACACUCUGAGAUUUGCCUAUUACCCCGUCCUCCAUUCCAAUUCUGAUCAUCUGACACCGGGCAAGGAGCAGGAGAACGAUGGCGCUGCGGAACCGGAGAAGAGUCCUGUUGCUGAUGAUGCUCCGGUAGAGGGACCGAGUGCCUCUCCAACGGAGGACCCAAGCCCGGAUUCUGCAGGACCCUCGGAGGCAACGCCUCCCGCCCAAGACGCUGGCGAUUCUCGAGAGGCGGAAGCUAAAGAGCCAAGCGAGAAAGCGCCUGCUAGUGAUGACCCGCCGAUGGCUGCAGAGGGUGAAGCUAGCAACGAAGAAGCUCCACCAAACUCCCCUGCUGAAGAAUCGGCCGAGAAUACUACAUCCGUCGAUGAGGAAAAUACAACCGCAGCAGCAGAGGAAAGCCCUGAUAAGAAGGAUGAUGACAAUAGCAACAAUGAUGAUGGCUUCCCAGAGUGUGACCCCGAGGCAGGGCUUGACAAAGUAGAAGCGGAGAAACGGGAAGCCGCGAAACAAGCAGCCGAAGACGCCGAAGCCGGGGAAGGAGUGGUUUCACCGACGGCCGACGACACAGCCGCCCCGGCCAGUGACGAUAAGAACGACGCGGCACCAGAUUACCGCGCUGAAAGCUAUGAUGGACCUGCAGAGUCAACUAAGGGUGACGCAGAAGCAAGUCCACCGAAGACGAGAAAGAGGAGGAAAAGUCCAAGAAAAAAAGGCAAGAGUGCAAAGAAAGAGAAGAAGAAAGAAAAGAAGGGCAAGAAGGGCAAAAAUGUGAAAGCAGCCAAACCUGUUGAGACCCCGUCAGAGCCUGAGCCUGCGUCCACUCCAGAACCUGCAGCAGAACCGUCACCGGAGCCAGAGUCGAAGACAGAGGAAACCAAGGAGCCUGAAACUGCCGAAGUUGCGGCUCCGGAUGAAAAUACACAAAGCUCACCAGAACCGACUGAAGCGGCAAGCGAGGAGGUUGCAGAGCCUAACGACGACGCUGGAAAUCCGGCAGAAAGUGCGACAGCCAGCGAACCUAAGGAUAUCAAGCCUGCAACUGAGGAGGAAAAGCCCCUCGAAGAACCUGUUCAGGAGUCUGGGGCCUCUUCAGCUGAAGAACCCUCUGUGCCCGAGGCUGUGAACGAGCCCGCGGUGGAGACCGACAAGACCGAGCCUGUGAGGGUUGUUUCGAAGAUGUCUACAGAAGAGGUCGCAAUGGCAGAGGGGGCAGAGGCCGAAACAGAGUCCAGGUCUGAGCCUGAAGCCGACUCACUGGCUGCUGAGGAGGUGGGUGUGGAAGAAGUCAAAACACCUGUCGAGGAUCCUGCCGAAAUGGCAGCUGCAGAUGAGCCUGUCAACGAACAACCAGCUGAAGCGACUCCAGCUGACGAGCCGACUGCUACUCACGACGAAGAUGUUGAUAAGACGGCCGAUGCUGGGGAAACAUCGGCAGCUGAACCGGCAGCUCCCAAAAUUGCAUCGGAGAGUCCUGUUGCCGAUGAUCCUGCUGCUGGAGCACCAUCGGAAGCUGAGCCUGUUGAAGGGACUGCCACUCAAACAUUGGCCGUGGAAGAGUCUCCAGUUGAGGAGACAGCCGAACCAGUUCCUCUGGGCUCUCUUCCUGAGGCAGCAGCUGCUGAAGAAUUCCCCGUCGACAAGGAAAAGUCUGCGGAAACAGAGCCAAUUGCUACCGCUCCCGAAGAAGGGACAUCUGAGAGUGUACCAGAUGUCUCUGCUGAAGAGCCCGGCGCGGAGCCAUCUCCCGGAGAAACUGCCGAUGCUCCUGAGAUCCCUGAGCCUCCUAUUGUUGAAAAAGGCAGUGCUUCUCAAAGUGCAUCUGAUGUCGCUGCGGAGGUCUCUUCGGAAAUAGCGCCACUUGAAGAAGCAUCUGCAGACGUCCCAGCCGCGGAGACGCCAGCUGAAGAACCUCCGGUAGCAGAAACCACAGCGGCAGAGGAACCAACUGAAGUCCCAUCCGCUGAAGAAGUGCCUGUGGUCGUUGAGGAAACCCCUGAAGAAGCUCUAGAGCCGGAGCCGAUACCACCUGAGGAUUCAAUAGUUACUGAGGCCCCUCCUGCCAAGGCUGAAGAGCCCCUUCUGGAAAGCUCUUUGCUCGAGAAUGCCGCGGAUAACGCAAAAGAUAUUCCUAUAGAAAAUCUCCCAGCCGAAGAGACAAGUCUUAUCGAAGCCUCCGCUGAAGGCGUUGCCCCCGAAGAAGCACCACUGCCUGCUGACGCUGCAACUGAAGAGACUGUGAAAGCACAGCCAUUCCCAGAUGAGCCCGUUGAGGAGCCCGCUCCGCCUCCAGCAGACGGACAAGGUACCACCAAACGACGCAAGAAGCGCUCCACACCUGCUCAACGCGGCCGACGAUACUCUAAGACUUCAUCUGAAGAACGGGACCAGCUGCAGCGCCAGAAAGCCAAACGAGGCCUCUUCACCAACAGCUGGGCACAAGCUCUCGAGGAAGCUCGGCGGCAGCGCGAAGAGAAAGGUCGAGCUGAAACGAAGAAGCGUGCGUUAGUUGCAGACCGCGAACGCAGCGGUGUCGCCGUCGAAACGGUUCGACGUCCCUCGAAAGAUACAGGCAAGGAGGUGGUUCUUGUCGAGGCCCAGCCUAGACGUCGCCCGUCUGAUUACACCGGCGAUGACCCGGUGCGUAAGAAAUCUCGGUCAGCGGCUAAAUCGACCUCUUCGAAACUAUCUUCCGAGCCUGCCAGGCCUCGUGCCUUCUUGCGAUACAUGACCGAGGGCCAGUCGGAUAUACACAAGCCACUACUGCGCAUCAACAGCAGCAAAGCAGUUGCUUCAGCCUCGGACAAGCCACGCCGCUCAUCAACAGGACAGAGCAGCAGUCUAUGUCAUGGCCGAGUGUCACCUGAAGUGAGACGAUCCAGUGGACAGUCGAGCGGCUCGCGUUCCCGGCGUGAGGAUGACGGCUCACGGCAACGUGAAAUGAAGACGUCAUCCCGUAAAGAGUCUGAUAAACCUGGCCCUCGCAAGCCUCGAGACCGAGAUGGAGAGCGAGAGCGAAAGUCCGAGAGCUCACGCCAGCACCAGAGCAGUCGCAAUCCACGUUCUCACCACCGCCGCCAGAGGAGAGAGGAGUCUCCCCCGCCCAAGGAAUCAAAGCUGAAAGGCCUUUUGAAGGCAAUUGCUGCCUACUGA